AUGAAGGUCAUCAAUGUUGAUGGAACAAUGAGGAAAACCCUCCUAGAAGAUAAGCUUCCACAUAUAUUUGGGUUCACACUGCUGGGAGAUUACAUCUACUGGACUGACUGGCAGAGAAGAAGCAUUGAAAGAGUUCACAAGAUCAAGGCUAGCAGAGACAUCAUUAUUGACCAGCUGCCAGAUUUAAUGGGCCUUAAAGCAACAAGUGUUACCAAAGUGUUUGGAACUAACCCAUGUGCAGAGAACAAUGGGGGCUGCAGCCAUCUGUGUUUCUUUACACCCCAGGAGACCAGGUGUGCCUGUCCCAUUGGCCUUGAGCUAUUGAGUGACAUGAAGACUUGCAUCAUUCCUGAAGCCUUCUUAGUUUUCACAAGCAGAGCAGCAAUUCAUCGGAUUUCCCUUGAAACAAAUAAUAAUGAUGUUGCUAUUCCUCUUACUGGAGUCAAGGAAGCAUCUGCUCUGGAUUUUGAUGUCUCUGAUAACAGAAUCUAUUGGACUGAUGUUAGUUUGAAGACCAUAAGCCGAGCUUUCAUGAAUGGAAGCUCUGUUGAACAUGUGAUUGAGUUUGGGCUGGAUUAUCCUGAGGGAAUGGCUGUAGACUGGAUGGGAAAGAACCUCUACUGGGCAGAUACUGGAACGAAUCGCAUUGAAGUAGCCCGCCUAGAUGGACAGUACAGGCAGGUCCUUGUGUGGAAGGACUUGGACAACCCAAGGUCUCUGGCUCUUGAUCCUACCAAAGGAUACAUGUACUGGACUGAAUGGGGAGGUAAACCUAGGAUUGUUCGAGCAUAUAUGGAUGGAACAAACAGCAUCACUUUGGUGGACAAAGUGGGUCGUGCCAAUGACCUCACUAUUGAUUAUGCAGACCAAAGGCUAUAUUGGACUGACUUAGACACAAGCAUGAUUGAGUCAUCAAAUAUGCUAGGACAAGAGCGAGAAAUCAUAGCAGAUGAUCUACCUCAUCCAUUCGGAUUAACCCAAUACAAUGACUACAUCUACUGGACAGACUGGAAUCUUCACAGCAUAGAAAGAGCAGACAAGACCAGUGGGAAGAACAGGACACUUAUUCAGGGCCAUCUGGAUUUUGUGAUGGAUAUAUUAGUCUUCCAUUCUUCACGUCAAGAUGGCUUGAAUGAUUGUGUGCAAAAUAAUGGCCAUUGUGGUCAUUUGUGCCUUGCCAUACCAAAUGGAUUUAGGUGUGGCUGUGCUGCUCAUUAUACCUUGGAUCCCAACAGCAGGAACUGUAGUUCCCCUGCCAGCUUCCUGUUGUUUAGCCAGAAGUCUGCAAUCAGCCGGAUGAUACCAGAUGAUCAGCAAAGUCCAGAUAUCAUCCUGCCUAUGCAUGGUCUAAGGAAUGUUAAGGCUAUCGAUUAUGAUCCUUUAGAUAAAUUGAUCUACUGGGUGGAUGGACGUCAGAAUAUUAUAAAAAGAGCCAAAGAUGAUGGCACUCAGCCUUUCACUGUCAUGAGUACUCCAAACCAAAGCCAGAACCCAGAGAAGCAGCCACACGACCUUAGCAUUGAUGUAUACAGCCAUACCUUGUACUGGACCUGCGAGGCCACAAACUCAGUCAAUGUCCACAGGCUGAACGGCGAGGCAAUUGGGAUGGUGCUGCGCGGGGAGCACGACAAGCCCAGAGCCAUCGUAGUGAACGCAGAGCGAGGGUACAUGUACUUCACCAACAUGCAGGAGCGAGCUCCCAAGAUUGAGCGUGCGGCCCUUGAUGGCACAGAGAGAGAAGUGCUUUUUACAACUGGGCUAAUCCGACCAGUAGCACUGGUGAUUGACAACAAACUUGGGAAGCUUUUCUGGGUGGAUGCAGAUCUGAAGCGCAUCGAAAGCUGUGACUUGUCAGGUGCUAACCGCGUGACCCUGGAGGACUCCAACAUCCUUCAGCCAAUGGGACUUACUGUGCUGGGCAAUCAUUUGUAUUGGAUUGAUCGUCAGCAGCAAAUGAUUGAGAGAGUGGAGAAAAUAAAUGGAUACAAAAGGACUAGAAUUCAAGGCCGAAUUGCUCACCUAACUGGCAUUCAUGCUGUAGAAGAGCUUGAUAUGGAGGAAUUCUCUGUGCAUCCAUGCUCCCGUGACAAUGGUGGGUGCUCACACAUCUGCAUUGCCAAAGGGGAUGGGACUCCACGAUGUUCAUGCCCCGAGCACCUUGUGCUUCUGCAGAAUCUCUUAACAUGUGGAGAACCUCCAACUUGUUCCCCAGACCAGUUUACCUGUGCGACUGGAGAGAUUGACUGUAUCCCAAUGGCAUGGCGAUGUGAUGGAUUUCCAGAGUGUGAUGACCAGAGUGAUGAAGAUAGUUGCCCUAUAUGCUCUGCGUCCCAGUUCCAGUGUGAGAAAGGACAGUGUAUCGAUGCACACUUGCGGUGUAAUGGAGAAAUUGACUGCCAAGAUAAAUCUGAUGAAGCAGAUUGUGAUACAAUUUGUCUACCCAAUCAGUUCCGAUGUGCAAGCGGCCAGUGCAUCCUCCUGAAGCAACAGUGUGACUCCUUUCCAGAUUGCAUCGAUGGUUCUGAUGAGCUUAUGUGUGAAAAAACAAAGCCAUCCUCAGAUGAAUCGCAGCCACACAGUAGUGCCAUUGGUCCUGUCAUUGGUAUAAUACUGUCACUUUUUGUCAUGGGAGGAAUGUACUUUGUUUGCCAGCGAGUGGUGUGUCAGCGCUAUGCUGGGCCCAAUAGUCCUUUUCCACAUGAGUAUGUCAGUGGCACCCCUCAUGUCCCUCUUAAUUUUAUUGCUCCAGGAAGUUCUCAACAUGGCACUUUUACUGGCAUCUCUUGUGGAAAGUCCAUGAUUAGCUCCAUGAGUCUCAUGGGAGGAAGCAGUGGUGCCCCCUUAUACGACAGAAACCAUGUCACUGGAGCCUCUUCAAGUAGCUCAUCCAGCACUAAAGCCACUUUCUACCCACAGAUCUUGAACCCACCUCCUUCCCCCGCUACGGAUCGCUCCCUGUAUAAUGCAGAGAUGUUUUAUUCUUCAAACAUUCCUUCAACCACAAGAUCUUACAGGCCAUACAUUAUACGAGGGAUAGCUCCACCCACAACCCCAUGCAGCACAGAUGUUUGUGACAGUGACUAUACUACUAGUCGAUGGAAGGCCAACAAAUACUAUAUAGAUCUAAAUUCAGACUCAGACCCUUAUCCCCCACCACCCACACCUCGCAGUCAGUACAUGUCAGCAGAAGAAAGUUGCCCUCCGUCUCCUGCCACGGAACGAAGCUAUUUUCACCUCUACCCCCCUCCACCUUCUCCUUGUACAGACUCCUCAUGACCUCAACAGAAGGAACUCUUCCUGUAAAUAUUUUAAGAUAUGAACAGAUUUAAAAUAUAUAUUUUAUGAUUUAAAAAUAAAUGGGGGGGGAGGGGGAUUUUAAAAAAAGAAAUGUGAAUAAAAAUGGGUGGGAGGGAUGGGGCUGUGAAAAAUUGUACAGAGGAAGAAUAUUUAUAAAAUUGAUUUUUUUAACUUAA